GAAGCCCCCAGGCAAUGACGAUACGUAUCAAGAGAAAGUUUACGAAGGAUUAGACUUUGAAUGCGAGACAUUCUAAUUCAAGCUAGUUUCAAUUAUGGGAGCUCGUAGUCUCGAGAAGUAUCUGAAACUCUUUCUUCGAAUCCGCAACUCUUCCACUUCAUCCUUCGCUUCUUGUGUGGGUUCUGUUGGAAAACGAGCUGACUGGCUUUUGCUCCAUCUCAUGGGGCUGAAACAAGCUGAGCGAGGGCAAUUUAUUACUGAACUCUUGAUGCACGUCCUUGGUCAAGGCGAGAAGCCAGGAACCCGUGUGACGCCAAGGGGCGCAUUUUCAGGGUGAGGCACAGAAUUCCACUCAUCAAAUUCAGGGUCUGCAUCAUCUGAAUCAGCCUACGAAACUAAUCGGUAUUGCUUUUUCGCCCGCUGAAGCAAGUAGCCACCACCGAAUGGAUCCGCGCUACGCUACUGUAACUGGGUGGACGGUUAUCGCAUAGAUAUCUCACCGGGCAGACGGGUUUCUAUGGAUUGCGCGGGCAGACGAGGCGCCAUUUAAGCAUUGACAUUCUACUAAUACCAUCGACGCCUCACCGUUUGGGCGUUGCGUCGACGGGGCAUUCCCUGAGCAGGGCUGAUUGAGCAUGAUAAUCAAGACUGCACUGGCUGGGUCUCAGGUCCUUGCUCAAUUCAGCAGAACAGACUCGGUCAGAUUUCUUCAGCCAGGGUUCUGUCUAGCGGCUUUACUUCCCCAUAAGGCUAAAAAGGCUUCGAGACUCCGUAACUGCCAGAUUGGAUAAAAGACGCAAAGAGAGCGACUCACGAACAUGCAGAUGCAGACGCCACCGUUGAGACCCAUCCGCCGGCUCGAGCACCAACACACCCUAUUUGUCGCCGUUCUGGGUAUUGAUCGACUAAUUCCCAGGCAGUUGGGUGGUUUAUCCCCUUAUCCUUGACUGAACGGUUGCGCUAGAUCCAAGGCCCAGGACACGAUAGGACCAACUGCCACGCAUCCAACGCUAGGAAUCACCAUCCAUGGAAGGAUGUUGGCUUAAUUACAGGCUACAGUAGGGCACGGCUUGCUUCCGGGCUAGAAGCCGACUCGUUCUGUUUCUUCGGAACCUCUUUAGCCUCUUGUGACUUUGCUUUGUGGAUUGCCUGGUCUCAAUAUGUGACGACGGUGUGCAGCAAAUAGAGCCCGGGCCGCCGUCACUCUUGCGCUGAGUCGAUUUGAGGUUGAGGCUUCAACCCUUCCUUUCGCUUUGCUCUGCUUUGCUGCGCACGAAACUCAGCACGGGCAAGGCGAAGGCACGGGCUUGGUCCGCUCUCUGUAGGAACUGCAAGCUUACGGAAGUAUUUGCAGCUGUCAAAUCGUACAUUACCCCCCGAGUUUCCUGCUCGAGUCUGAUCUCGUUUGGUGGCUUGUACUACUACUAUGGCAUUUCUGAGUGGACCAACUGCCACCAAAUUUUGUUCUCCUCCAAGGAUGGAUCAACUUCAGAGUCGGGUCGAGAAGGCAGACCUGCAGGAUUUGAUUGACAUAUGCGAGCAGCUUUCUGAGGAGUGUAGGGGUAUCUCCAAUUGUCUCAAUACCAGCCCAGUCACUUUGGCGUCCCUCGCCAAGGAGUGUCGCGCGAUCACAAAUGCGCUUGACAGGUUACACGAGCUCAGCCGGUCGAUUGAAGGUGGCACAGAAAGUGUUCGGGCUUCAAACAACGAAUUCGUCUAUUCCGUUUCGAAAGACGUGCAUGAGCUGAGGGCAGCACUGAAACGCAUAAAAGGUCCAGAUAGGGACAGCGGCAUUCACCUCAGCGAACCGCAGCUUAUCAUCGUCUGGAACGAAGCAGCAUUGAAAGAGUACCUUGCGCGGCUACGCACUCACCAAGCGUCUCUCCAUACCCUCCUCAAUGCUGCGACACGUGCCGGUUAUAACUUUGGGGAAAAUGACAACAGGAGGCGCGUGAUUGAGCCAGAUAUUGGAGUAGAUGAGGCACUACGGAGCCUUGCUCGGAAGUUCACAGCGCCAAAUCAACAAUCUGUCGUGUUACCUAGAGUCAGUGACUCUGCCGAGAUUCAGAUCCUACUUGAUACCCUUGUACCACCACCCGGAGUCAAUUACGUGCGAACCAAGGAUGCCGCAAAUGAACUGCACAAUGCCAUUGAGCGGAGCGAUGAGACUGCUGUCUUUCAUAUCCUUCUCGAACGCGCAGACCCCAACAUAAUGUUGGCUGGUUCAAUGCUCUCCCCGCUGCAUCGCGCUUUCGACAAAGGACAUAUGCUGAUCGCUGCUUUUCUCAUCGUGGCUGGUGCCGAUGUUGACGAGCCAACUACUGAUGGUCAUACAGCAUUGAUGAGAGGGAUCAGAUGCGGGUUUUCAGAACAAUUUGCAACUCUUGUGAUUCACAUGAAAGCCCGCGUCAAUGCGAUCGACAAUGAUGGAUGCUCAGCCCUACACCUCUCGGCCGCUUCAGAUGUUAUCGACGAUGAAACGCUCCCAGUUCUCAUCGACGCAGGCGCCGAUAUCAACCUUGUCGACUAUAAUGGCCAGACACCACUUCUCGUGGCGAUUCAGCAUAGUCGCUGGUCUGCGGCAACAAAGCUCGUACAAGCUGGUGCAGAUCUAGAGGUGCGAUUACCAGAUGGAAAGACAGCCCUCCACAUGGCUAUCGCAAUGCGCAACCAAGAAUUCUCCCAAGUGUUGAUAUCUCGAGGAGCAAACGUUGAUCGCGUACUCCGCGAGCAUACUCCCCUCACAAUGGCCAUCAACUCUCGAUGCACAGCUAUCACUGCUGUUCUUCUAGAUAGCGGUGCAGACCCUAAUCUGCCCAGCCGCAACGGAAACACACCUUUACUAGCAGCAGCAUCCACAGGACAUGACGAAACUGUGCGAUAUCUCAUCGCCCAUGGAGCCGAUCCAGCAGCCACUCAAGGACACUCUGGAUACUCAACGAUGCAUAUGGCGGCCCACAAGGACAAGCCUCACAUCCUCCAGCUUUUGUUUGAUGCAGGCGCACCUGUUGACAUCUUGGAUAAGGCAGGCGAAACUCCUCUACUUGUGGCAGCCAAGCUUGGCAAUGCGCAGAGCAUUUUUCGCUUGAUCAGACUCGGUGCUGAUGUCGAGCGAGUAGGACCGGACGGGAUGAGCAUUCUUUCUCACGCAGUCAAGAUGGGCGAUGUUGACCUUGUCACGGCACUCCUAGAGCUGGGGGCGGGUAUGCAGGUGUCAUCCAUGUUCCCUUCGAAAGGCAGUAAGGAAUAUCUGGUACCCGAGCCGCAGACGACCCCGAUUCACGUUGCCGCUCAGCACGCACGAGACGAGAUCCUACUGCGGCUUGUGUCCUAUGGUGCCUCCCUCGAGAGCACCAUUUUCCCUGGUCGGACACCUCUCUCCGUUGCUGCAUCUCAUGGGCACAUCUCGACAGUCCGGUUGCUUCUUCGACUCGGUGCAAAUACACAAGCUUUAACAACACAUGGUGAUACGAUUCUUUUCCAGGCAUCGGCAAACCAAGCAACCCUCAAGCUCUUGCUACAGCAGGGAAUUGACGUGAAUCAUCAGAACGAUCGGGGCGCUACGGCCCUUCACUACGCGGCUCUUCGCGGGCACAUCGGGGGUGUGAGGAUGUUGCUUGAAAAGGGUGCUCGACAGUACCACGCAAACGCAGUGUGGGAUGCCUGGGAGGACAGAGACGGAACUGGGGGUUAUCGACAGGGCACACCAGCUGGCAUGGCCAUGCAAAGAGGUCUGGAUAAGGUCGCGGAGUUGAUUGAGGGAUGGAAGUAUAAUUGACUUUGGUGUAAUACUUGGCGAUGAGGUUAUGAUUUAAUGGAUGGAGUAAUGGCUGAACGGCGGAACUGUGUGUAAUAUGGGUUUGGGUUUGGGCUUCAUGAGAUACCACAAAAGAAUUGCUGUAACUUGGCGAGAUAUUAUUCAUGUUUAGUGUUUGUUUGUAUCGUGCAUUAUGACUGAUCGCUCUCGCAUGAGCAGUGAACAAAAGCCAUGGACGGAGUGUUUAAGUUAUGUAUCACCGAAUGCUGUGUGCAUGUUGGCAUAAACCCAUGCAUAUUCAUUUCUCUAUAUCCGGAUC